AUGGCGGCGACUUCGAACUCGAACUCGGGCGCCGACGCCACCGAUCAAACCUCCAACUCCUCGUCCACAAUCUCCUCGCCGCUCGCGGCCGACAACGAAGAAUCCGACUUCUUCAUGGUUAAUAAUGACUCCGAGACCUCUCUAAGUGUUCCUAAUAUACAGGGGAUGAACGUUCGCGAUGCGUCCCCAGAUGACGAUGUCGCUCAGCCCCCGAUCCACCACCUACCAAAUGAGAUCCUCAUCGGCAUAUUUGCUAAGCUCGAGAAGCCUAGUGAGGUCCUCCAGUCCGCACUUUCCGAAAGUUUAAACGAUGGCAGUGUUAUGCCCCUAGGCAUUUGCAACCGAGUUGAGCGGCUUACGCUGACCAACUGUCACCAACUUCACGACACGGGCGUCAUGGCCCUCGUCGAAAACAAUACCUCCCUCCACGCCCUUGACAUCACAGGUCUUUCGCAAAUUACGGAGCAGACGAUAUUGGCAGUCGCUAGGCAUUGCAAACGUCUACAGGGACUCAAUAUCUCCGGUUGCCAAAGAGUGUCAAAUGAAAGCAUGAUUGAGCUCGCGCAAAGCUGUCGCUAUAUCAAGCGGCUUAAAUUGAACGGAUGUCACCAACUACGCGACGACGCGAUCCAGGCAUUCGCUGACCACUGCCCCAAUAUCCUCGAAAUCGAUCUCCACGAGUGUCUCAACAUCACCAACGAACCCAUCACAUCGCUCUUCUUACAAGGGCGGGCUCUUCGAGAGCUUCGCCUCGCCAACUGCGAACUGAUCAGCGACAGCGCAUUCCUCUCGCUUCCUUCGAACCGGACUUUUGAAAACCUGCGCAUUCUCGACCUCACAGCCUGUGCGCGCAUCACGGAUGCUGCGGUACAAAAGAUCAUGGAAGUGGCCCCUAAACUUCGCAAUGUUGUGCUGGCCAAGUGCCGCAACAUCACUGACGCAUCUGUGUACGCCAUCUCCAAGCUCGGCAAGAAUCUGCAUUACAUUCACCUUGGACAUUGCGGGCAGAUCACGGACGAUGCCGUCAAGCAUCUCGUACAGUGCUGCAAUCGCAUUCGGUACAUUGAUCUCGGGUGUUGCACAAACCUAACAGACGACUCGGUCACGCGACUCGCAACCCUCCCGAAGCUUAAGCGUAUCGGACUGGUCAAAUGCAGCAAUAUUACGGAUGAGUCGGUAAUUGCGCUGGCGCGUCGCCAACACUCGCGGUCGCGCAACGGCGGUCUCGGUCCCGACUACUACGUGUCCAGCUUGGAGCGGGUCCAUCUUAGCUACUGCUUGAACCUGACGUUGAAGAGCAUUAUCCGUCUUCUAAAUGCGUGCCCGCGGCUAACGCACCUGAGUUUGACUGGAGUCGCGGCGUUCUUGAGGGAAGAGUUCCAGCAGUAUGGGCGAGAAGCGCCGCGCGAGUUUACAGAGCAUCAAAGACAGGUAUUCUGCGUGUUCUCGGGCAACUGCGUGCAUAAGUUGCGAGACUACCUCAAUACGGCAUCGGAGUACGAGAAUCUCCGGGAGUCGACUCGACGACAUCAGCACCCCUACCCCUCCGUUGCUAACCAUGCCAAUGGUGUCGUCCCAUGGGUCGCCGCCGCAGACGCUGAGGCGGUGGAGGAUGCAGAUGGCGAUGUGAUGGGAGGCUUUGACGGAACCGAAUUAGACAUUAACAACGCGACCGCCGCGCCUCCCCGCCUCCUCCAGCGCCGGUCGCCCCGCCUGGGCAUAUGCUCCCCAUCAUCGGCCAAGCGCCAAGUCCCCAAGGCACACCCGAGUCUGGGCUAUAAGUCCGGGAUAUAA